ACACCCGGCCCAGGGGCGGAACUACCGCUCCCAGCGAGCCGCGCGGCGCCGCGCCGGGCCGGGCCCCUGUGGGCGGCGGGAGCGGGGUCGGCGGCGCAGGAUGGAGAGUCCGGCGGUGACCUUCACGUUGGCUUACCUGGUGUUCGCCGUCUGCUUCGUCUUCCCGCCCGACGAAGUGCGCUCGGCCGGGCUGACGGUGCAGAGCUUGCUGGCCGCCUGGCUGGGCAGCGAGGACGCGGCCUUCGUGCAGUACCACCUGCGGCGCAGCACCGGCACGCUGCUGGCGCACUCCCUGCUGCCCCUCGGUUAUUACCUUGGUAUGUGCUUUGCUGCACCCGAAAAACACCUUUGUUUUUUCUACCUGGCCUCAAAGGAAUGGAAAACUUUCUUCUUCUUCGCCGUUCUCCUUCCAGCAGUCAGCAGCACCCUGGCAUAUUACUGGUCACGGAAGGGUUGGAAUAACCACCCACUGGCCCGGACGCUCGCUGUUUAUGCUCUGCCACAGUCAGGCUGGAGGGCAGUGGCUUCUUCCAUCAAUACAGAAUUUAGGAGAAUUGACAAAUUUGCCACCGGAGCCCCAGGAGCGAGGGUGAUUGUUACAGACACAUGGGUGAUCAAGGUGACCACCUACUGCCUACAUGUUGCCCAGCAGCAGGACAUUCAUUUGACUGUGACAGACUCCAGACAGCAUGAACUCACACCAGACUCAAACAUGCCCGUGCAGUUCCUCACCAUCCGUGUUGCCAGUGUUAAUCCCUAUGUGAAGGCAUUUGAUAUCCGGCUGAACUCCGCAGAGUAUGGGGAGCUCCAAGAGAAGCUCCGUGCUCCCAUCAGCAAUGCAGCUAAUGUUGUGAUCCAUCAAAGCCUUAGUGAUUUAUUUCUAGAAACUUUUACGUCUCUGGUGGAAAUGAACCAGACGUAUUCUGUUCCAAGCACUCAGGAGCUGGAGCCAUGCAUAGGAUGCAUGCAGACUAUUGCAAACAUUAAGCUCAUCAAGAACUGCCAAGAGCCAAAUGAAGGGGAAUGUCAGCAGUGCUACUGUCGUCCUAUGUGGUGCCUCACCUGCAUGGGCAAAUGGUUUGCAAGCCGACAGGAUCAGCAACACCCAGAGACCUGGCUGUCGAGCCACGUGCCUUGUCCAACUUGCAGAGCCAAAUUUUGCAUUUUAGAUGUUUGCAUAAUACGAUGAAUAACACUUGGGUAUGUUUAAACUUUUUAAAGUUUCUUAAACUUCACAUUACACAGGAGUGCAAACUCCAGAGCUUUAUUCUACAGCAUUGAAAACAGAUGCACAUCUUCUCAGUUCGCAAUUUUUACCUUUUGUCUUUGGUUUUUAUUCAUCAGAUGUCAGUUUCUGGAAAUUCUUGCUUGAAACUUUUAAGAAAAUUUUGCUUUCUACAUCUUGGAUGGUAUAAAAUCAUCCCAUCCAUGUUUGCAAUACUAUUCUCUUUUUAACAUAGGUAUUUCUGACUCUUUCAUAAAGGGCUAACUGAGAAAACUACUUUGGUUAGACUUCACUGAUACUUUUGUUUUUUCUUUAAUCCAUCUGCAAAGUUCUGAUUCAUCUUUGCAAAUAUUCACCAAACAAGAAUACCAGUUGUUUUCCUUCUGCUGGUCCCCUCCAUUUAUAAAGGAGGUUGGUUUCUGUAGACGAAGGAAUUGAAUUCCUGAAGAUGUAUAAUUUCCACAGGGACCUUUUAUUCCAUUAAUCUGCCUCCAGUUUAUUUUUUGAUGGACAUAUUUAUUUCAAACAGAAGGAUUUAGAACUGUACCCUGCUUACUUGCACUGCUAUUGCUGUGCAGUAUUAAAUCUAUAGAGCUACAUUGCUUAGGGUUUUAGUGUUUUCUAGGUAAUGGAUUUUUUCCUACAUUUCAAAUAUCUGUGCACUGCAGUGGCUGAGAUGCAAAUGUUUGCUUGCCUAGGUUGUUUUUCUUACGGGGCAGUAACUUCCAGAAACAAGCGGGCCAGAUGGUGAGAAAGGUGUAUCUUAAUGCUUUGGUCUGGGAGAAUGAAAGCCCUGAUACUUCCCAUAAUCAGAAGGAUCUUAAUUGUAAAUCAAAAGCACAACUGACAUGCCAGUGCUUAACUGGCAUGUCUUCAUUGCCUUGAGAAGAAAGAUUGCUUUGAGCAGGAAUUGUUGGCAACAUUUUUUUUUAACCUUUAGAAGAGUCUUACAGGGCCAGGUGGUGUCAUCUGCUCUGCACCUCCUCACUAUACACUAGACUUUACAAAAAAUGUUUACUUAUGGUAAGUUUGCAUAAUAUGGCAGAUACAAGGGAUGUGGUAAUUGAAAUGGUUAUAGAAGGGAAUGCAGAAUUUUGGACUUCGUCACUGACAGUCAUUCAACUUGUACUGUUUCUGUUUGGAAUAAAACUUUUUCUGUUUGGAACAAAAAUAUUUAUUUUAAAGAUCUAUGAAAAUCAUAAAGGCCUUGAGGCUUUUAGAUGAUAGCACAUGUAAUUGCAAAUAUUCUUAGAAAAAAAAGAGUCAAUUGCCCAUAAUGUUGCAUGGAGUAAAAGCUUUAGAUUCUCAAUUGCUUGUGCAGUACAGUUUUUCUUUAGAGAAAUCUAUCAUCUUUGAAGUUUUUAUUUCAGUGGAACUUUGCUUUUACCCAUCUUGUUUCUUUUGCCAACAUGACAGUAAAACAAAGUCAUAGUCAUAGAUGUAUAGUACUCUUGAAUCUUUUGAUGGUUGUGCUCUUUCCACAGAAGUGCCUCAACUUAGUAAUAAUUACCAAAAUAAAAUGAUGAAUUAUGUUAAUAAUAGUGCAUGUCUUAUAUUCCUUAAAAUCAGCAUUUUUUCUAAGUUCAAAUUCUCAUAGUAAUAUGGCAUGCCUCUGAAGUUUUUAAGCUUUUUAAAGGCAAUGUUACAGAAAGAACUUGUUAAAAAUCUCCAUGACAUACUCUUCUUAGAGACAGUACAAGGCAAAACCAUGACACAUUUCUGAGCACAGGUCAUCUGAUACCUUAUAAUUCACUGAACAUGAAAUUUAUUCCUUGUGUAAGUUUUUCUACUAUAACCUGAAUGUAGAGGGCUACAUAAAAGAAGGCACGAAAAAAAAUAAUGUACGCAUCUCAGAGGAAAGCAAACCAAAAGAGAAUAGCACAGGAUCCCAUGAAAUCAGCAGGGGAGAUUUUCAGAAAGGCAAUAAAAGGAUGGUGUGUUCAAUUAAUGGUAUGAAUUUGAGAAUGUUUCUUUAGUGCAUGGGUGUCCAACCUUUUGGCUCGCCUAGGCCACAUUGAGUGAAUAGGAAUUGUCUUGUGCUCCAUAUAAAAUAUAUAGUUAAUGAAUAUAAAUAACAAGAGUUUUUAUUUUUUAUACAUUUUUUAUUAAAAUAUAAUUUAAAAAGGGCAACGAAAACAUAAAACUAGUGGAACAUUUGACCUUGUUUUUGUGUAACUAACACAUCAAUGUUUGGUUUGAUUGAAGUGGUUGCAAUUCUUAGUGAAUUCUCAAGAUGCAUUUCAGAGAUUUCUGAUCUAGUCCUACUCUUCCUGUGUUUCAUAGUUGGAAACAAUGUGUGUGCUGCCAAAAAAUGAUUACAUGAACAGAACAUUAUUGUGAAGCAAGGGAUAUUUUCCUCUGGUAAGACAGGACUUACGGAAAUCUAGUCAAGAGACUUCCUUAAAGCCACCUUACUUCAGAAAAGUAAAUGAUGUCUCCAUAACCAGCAUCCAUAUUUUCAAGAAACUCCUGGAACUGGCAAUGAUUCAAUCCCUUGGACUUUAGGAAAUUCACAGCUUUGCUGAAAAAUCACAUGACAGUAUCCAUUUUUAAACUUUCGUGCAUAGGUUUUCCUGAUGUUUGAUGCAAUGAUAUUUCAUCAAACACAAGCUGCCGGUAGCAAUUGCAUCAUCAUCCAUUAAUUUUAUGCCAGAUAUGUUGGCAAAGGUUAAAGAAAAACACUCUAAUGUAUUUUUUACUGCUUCAUACAAAUCAAGAGAUUUAGUUGUGUCUUUCUUAAGUAGCAUUACAUUUGUUAACAAUACCUCUAAUAAAAAUGGCAAGUUGAGCUGUAUCCAUAGCAUUGGUAAUUUCAUCUACCACCACAGCAUAACAUUUGAAGUGACCAGCUUUACUUUCCUAAUUUCCUAAUCAAUAGAUUGUCUUAUUUCUUCAGUUCACCUGGCUAUAGUCUGGUGAGGCAAACUUAUUUUAGAAAAAUCUGGGUUUUUUUUAAUCAGGACAAAUUACAUCUGUGAUGCUUUCCAUGCAUUGCUUAAUGGACUUGUCAUCGCUAAAUGGUUUAGAUUUUUUUGCCAUCAGAUUCGCUUCCUCAUAAUUAGCUUUUAUAGCAGAGUCCAUUUGAGUUGUAACUUUUAAAAACAAAUUUUGUUGAGAUGACAGACUUUUUUUCAGUUCCAUUAUUUUAUCUUUACAAAACAUUCCUUGGUAUGCAUCAAAUUUGGCAACACAUUUUUGCAUAGAAUGUCUUUUCAAGUCAUAAUCUUUGAAAACUGGCAAUAUUUCUUUACAAAUUAAGCAUAGUGCCUUAUUAUUUGUCUUGACAAAAAAAAAAAAAAAAGUACUCAUCUGUCCAUUUUU